GCAGAGAGAGACAUAGAGUGAGAUCACAAGCAGCAAGCACUUCGCAGGAGCUGAGCUUUCUGGGGGAAUUUGUUUUUUUUGUUUUGUUUUGUAUAGUUUGUAUUCAUUUUAUAUACUUUUUUAGUCUUCUUAACUUUCAGAAUUUUAAUAGCGUGACGUUUUUGUUUGGAAUUUUUUGCUAGGUUUUGCUAACCGAACUAAAGCGGAUAAGACGAGGAAAAAUAUCUCGAAAUCAAAACCAGGUCGGCGUUUUGGUGGUUCGAGCCAGCCUGUUUAACACAGAAAACAUCUAUAUAUAUAUAUAUUUUUACAUUCUGCGAUAAAUCCAGUGAGAUAUUGUAACACUUUUGGAAUUUUUGGGGAUUUUUUUUUUUGCUACCGUAAACCCUUUUUAACGCUAGAGUCCUUAUAAACAAUAUGACUGCGGUGCUGAACAUCCAGAGGUUACUGGAAGCUGCUGAGUAUUUAGAGAGAAGAGAAAGAGAGUGCGAACAUGGAUACGCCUCGACGUUUCCGUCUAUUCAGAGCUCCAGCAACUACCAGAGACAAAGAAAACUGCGGAAUAAAAAGCACAACAGCAGUCACAACAGGUCGACCCACAACGAGUUGGAGAAGAAUCGACGAGCCCACCUGCGUCUUUGUCUGGAACGAUUGAAGGCGCUCAUUCCACUGGGACCCGACUGCAACCGUCACACUACUCUGGGCCUGCUCAACAAAGCCAAAGCACAUAUAAAGAAGCUGGAGGAGGCCGACCGGAAGUCUCGGUACCAGCUGGAGAGUUUGGAGCGGAAGCAGAGACACCUCCGGAGGCAGCUGGACUCCCUUGGCGGGGGGGCGUGUAAGACCGAGAGGGUGCGCACAGACAGCGUGGGCUCCACCCCCUGCUCCGACCGCUCCGACCGCUCUGACUCGGACCAAGAGGAGAUCGAGGUGGACGUCGAGAGUACCGAGUUCUCCCAUGGAGAGCUGGAUAGCGUGAGCACGGCCAGCACCAGCGACCUGGACGACCACAGCAGCCUGCAGAGCCUGGCCAGCGACGAGGGCUACUCUUCCUGCAGCGUCAAGCUAGCGUUCAGCUCGUAGACGCCGCGUGUAGCACGGACUCGCGCACGAGCACGCGCACACGUCCGGUCCCAGCAACGACGACUACCGACCCUCCAUACCAAUCCACUCCACUCUACCACUACCGAAGCCCUGCCAGAAUCCGACAGGUGACCAGAGCACAGGCCACCGCCUCACUCAGAGCAGCGUUCUGAUUGGCUGAUUGAAUGUACACCGCCUUUCUCCCUCUCUCUGUCUCUCCUAACACGGAAACGCAUUUUGCCUUUAGUUUCAGUUCGAUCUGAUCCGUCUUUCAUCUUCCCGUUUUUGUAUUAUUCAGAUUAAAAUUUUUUUGGUGAUCUGGUUACCUGUUGGAACGUUCUGAAGCGCUGCGAAUCGGUGCAAGCGCGUCACGAUCUGGACAUCCUCCGCGGCACCGCAUAUCGAGAUCAGCUGCGAUCGAAAAAGGCUGGGGGCGUGAACUUUGUGCUACGAAUGGUGCUACCUGAACAGAACCGGACGGACGCGUCUCGUCACGGACGCGGGUCGAAAACAUUCUUUUAUUUUUAUCUCUCUCUCUCUCUCUCUCUGGAAAGUCUUUCCCAUGGUGCAUUUUACGGUGCGUUUUUACAACGUCGGAAGCAGCCAAGCCGUGCUUCCGUCUAGCAGCUGCAACGUAGACGUCUGUCCUAGCGGUAACGAGCAAUAACUCCUCUAGCUCCUCUUCUUCUUCUUCUUCUCCCCCCACCCCCUCCUCCCACCUUCCCUCGGACACCGUCCAAAAGAGCAAAAUCCAACUUGCUUCUUGUUGUUGAUUUUUUUUUUCUUUUCUUUUUCUUCUUCUUCUUUUGUAUAUAAUACAUAACAUAGUUUAAUAAAUUAAGAAAAGGAGUUUAAAAAAAAAACAAACAAAAAAACAAACUAGAUACCUAUGGGUAGCCUCUGUUGCUGUUCGUCUUGUGUUUUAUUUUUUUGUGCAUUUUUAAAUUAUAUUUUUGGAAAGAUACUCCUAUCCUUCUUCUCGGAUUGCUCUGACAGAGUGGCAUGGACAGUAUUACGCUCUUGCUUGCCGAAUUGUUUUUUUUUUUUUCUUUUUCGUUUCCAUUCUGGAAGGAAGAAAGUAAGUCUCCCUGACGGCGUCAGCAGCGGGACCCCUGCGCGUCGGACCUGCCCUUUUUAUUUAUUAGAUAGCUCAUCAUUUAUUCUAUUCCUGUGUGUGUGUUCCUGUUGAAGCUGAGAGGCAUUCCACUAGCGGCGUCGUGGAUCUGGGGGUCAGAGGUCCCCAUGCUGAGCCUGAUUUCCCACUCGUCCAAUCAUCAGCUGACUUUAUUUAUCAAUGGAAGGAACGUAUUUAUUCCUCUUCCCUGUUCCAGCAUCGGAAGAUUUUAUCAUUUUUUAUUUUAUUAUUAUUUUUUUUGUUUUGUUUUUUGUUUU